GGUUAUGUGGCUUUAUCAUUUUAUUAGGAAAGUCCAUAUACAGAAAAAUCAUUUAUUUAACACUCACUACACAUCAUAAAACUUCCUAAUUCCAAAUGUUGCGUAAAUGUGCAUAUAUAUUGAUGUACAUGCUACGUACGAACAUAAUAAGAAUUAAUUACGAUUAAUUCAUUCCUUCCAGUUUACAAAUAGAUUUCUCUUCGAACAGACAUGUCAGGGUUCUAUCAGCCUUCAUGGAGUGCUUCAAGGAAGGGUCGUCGUCUCCCUCCACAAGAACUACUCGACCAUCUUUGCGGUCGUCGGUUUGUUCUGGAUUUUCCAGAAGAAGAUCAACAGUCGUUUGAGAGGAUCCGUAUGAUGUUUCUAGUGGAGCAAGCACACUGGUGUUAUGAAGACAAUUACGUUGACAACAAUCCAUCAUUGAAGUCUUUCACUCUUAAGGAAUUUGCAUCUCUGUUAUGUAACAGUUGUGAGGUUUUAAAACCAUAUGCUUCCCAUAUCGAUGACAUUUUCAAAGAGUUCACCUCAUAUAAGCGUCGAGUUCCUGUUGCGGGGGCCAUAAUCCUGGACGAAACUUGUGAGCGGUGUUUGCUAGUGAAGGGUUGGAAAGGAUCAAGAUGGAGUUUCCCUCGUGGGAAAAAGAACCGAGAUGAAGAAGAUCAUGCAUGUGCUAUUAGAGAGGUUUUGGAGGAAACGGGGUUUGACAUGUCAAAACUCCUUAAAAAGGAAGUGUACAUUGAAAUGACGCUUGGUCAGCAAAGAGUGCGGCUCUACAUAAUCACCGGAGUGAAAAGUGAUACAGUCUUUGCACCGCUUACAAAAAAGGAGAUUAGUGAAAUUGCUUGGCAUCGACUUGAUGAGCUCCAGCCAGGGAAAUGUGAUGUCGCAUCUCGUACUUGCCGUGGCCUCAAUCUUUUUGGGGUUGCUCCAUUUCUAAUGUCUUUAAAAGCAUGGAUUUCUGCCCACCGGCCUCCAGUAACACCUAAACCUGCGAGAUGCUUGAUAGGAAGUAGCGUGUGGAGGGCCAGAGGUCGAAGCAGAACAUUUUUUGAAGGGGGAUUUAAGCAUAAAGAGUAUGG